GGGAAUCCCUACAGCACCAUGCAGCACUCCAUCACGCACCCAACACCUGCCAGCCACUGCGAGAGCGAGGAGCCUAGCUAGACGACGGCCAUGGCGAUGAGGAAGGAGCCACUACUCCUUGUGGCCAUGAUGCUGGCGCUGGUGGUGGCGGCGCGUGCGGCGCCGUGCGAGGUGGGGCAGCUGACGGUGUGCAUGCCGGCGAUCACCACCGGGGCCAAGCCGAGCGGUGCGUGCUGCGCCAACCUGGGCGCGCAGCAGGGGUGCUUCUGCCAGUACGCCAAGGACCCCGCACUGGGCCGCUACAUCACCAGCCCACACGCCCGCGACACCCUCCUCUCCUGCGGCCUCGCCGUCCCGCGCUGCUAGCUAGCCUCCUUCCUUCCCAGCAUAUCAUAUGUGGCUCAGCCUCAGCUAUAGGUAUGUAGGGUACCUCCGUCCAUGACAGAUGAGGGACUAUAUCUAUAUGUAGCUUGAGCCUAGCUGAGUGCGUGAUGCGUCAAUAAAAUGUUGGGUGAUCGAUGCUGCUGCAAUAAAACAAGAGAUGUUGGGUGAUGAUGGAUGCUGGAAUAAAAUGACCUUUCCUACCUUC